UACCUUCUGGUCUUCAGGAACUUCAGCAUGUAACCGCGCUAUAGGGACCUCAGUGUACCCCUCUUCACAGCACAAAUAAAUACGUUUGGAAAUGGAGGUGGAAGAGGCAUACGAAAAAGGAGAGAAUACACAGGGGAAAAUGACUCGAGCUGAAGCUGCAAAAUUAGUGAAAAAGAACUUUCUGGAAGCCCUGAAGUCCAAUGACUAUGAAACACUGGAAGACCUCUUGAACCAAAAGAAAAUAGAUGUAGACACGGUGUUUGAAGUGGAAGAUGAGAAUCUGAUUCUGGCGUCCUACAAACAAGGAUACUGGCUGCCUAGUUACAAAUUAAAAAUAUCCUGGGCAACUGGACUUCAUCUGGCUGUCAUGUAUGGGCAUCUGGAGAGUCUUUCAGUCCUGCUCAAUCACAAAGCUACGAUCAACUGCCGGCCCAAUGGGAAAGCCGCAAUCCACAUAGCGUGUGAAACAGCAAAUGUUGAGUGUCUCAAGAUCCUCUGCAACCAUGGAGCUAAGCUGAACUGCUUUUCAAUGAGUGGGCAGGCGCCCUUGCACUUCUGUACAACAUUAACCUCCAUUCCUUGCGCCCAGCAGCUGAUUUGGAGAGGAGCCAACGUGAACAUAAAAACCAACAACCAAGAUGAGGAGACCCCUCUGCACACUGUUGCGCGUUUGGGUAUCCCUGAGCUCGUGGCUUUCUAUGUGGAACAAGGGGCGCAGGUCAAUGCUCUCAAUGCCCACAUGGAGACCCCCCUGGCUUGUGCAGUCUACUGGGCCCUCCACUACAAGGACCAGACGUACAGCCCCGACCAUCACCUCAUCUGCCGGAUGCUCUUAGACUAUAAAGCUGAAGUGAACACUCGUGAUGAGGACUUCAAGUCCCCACUCCACAAAGCUGCCUGGAACUGUGAUCAUGUACUGCUUCACAUGCUUCUGGAGGCAGGAGCAGAAGCCAACAUCAUGGAUGUCAAUGGCUGUGCACCCCUACAGUAUAUCAUAAAAGUGACAUCUGUGAGGCCAGCUGCCCAGCCUGAUGUCUGCUACCAACUGCUACUGAAUCAUGGAGCAGCCAGGAUAUUUCCCCUGCAGUUCCACAAGGUGCUACAAGCCUGUCAUUCCUACCCCAGGGCUGUGGAGGUGGUCGUUAACACCUAUGAACACAUCAAAUCGACAUCAAAGUGGAAAGCGGCCAUACCAGAUGAUGUCUUUGAGCGGCACCAGGAUUUCUACGACUCCUUAUUCAGUGUGUGCAGCAAUUCACCACGGUCCCUCAUGCAUUUAUGCAGAUGUGCUAUUCGGAUGACACUGUCAGAACGAUGCCACCGGGGCGUUCCCUUGCUCUCCAUCCCACUGUCCAUGAAGAAGUACUUGCUGCUGGAACCAGAAGGAAUAAUCUACUGAGCAAGUGCUGUGCUGCUGCCUGCACCUUCAUGGAGUUACAGGCCCUGUGCUCACACAAACCUUCACUUCUGUGUGGCCUGAGGGCUGGCUGGCACUCAUUGGCCCACCUCACAGCCUCCUUGGGGAAGCAGAGUUGGAAAGGCACCUCCAAAUGAACACAUCCCUCGAUGCUUUGUUCAGCCUAGCGUAAACCCAACAAUGGAAGCAAUGAUGCUUCCAUUUCUAUCAGUAUUUAUUCCACUGUUUGAUAUUGUUAGAUUCAACCUGAGCAGCCCUUAGUACUGUGUCACUGCAGUUUUCUUUAGCUGUCAUUUUAGGAGUAAGAGGGUACCGUCAAAAAGUAGCGUGUUCAUUUGUCAUAGGAAUGCUGUCCCAGAAAGAAAUGGGCAAACUGAUUUGUAUCGUGACCACAGUCAGGAUUGCAGUAGUUUCCUAUGGAUCAGUACUGAAUUUGGGAUUAAUUCAUUGUUCACUACACCUGUCUGUACCUUAAAGUUUUGUCAUAAUACUAUUCUUUUUAAUUGUAAUAUUUUUUUUCCAUUAUCCAUCCUAGUAUAGGAAGGGGUCUGGAAUCUGCAGCACUGACAUUUCUGUGUGUUCUUAUUCAUGCCUUGGUAGCUUUUAGAAGAUGCUGUCUCUGUUUCCACUCUCACUGUGACCUGCAUUAAAUUCACAUCCUGGUGUGGAUAAGGCAGAUGACCUGGACUUACCUGUGUCAGCUCACACACAUACACACAUCCUUCAGGAUGUUUUUGGGUGGGAUCUGUGAAGAAUAUGAAAAUUUCUGUCCGUUGGUUACAAAAGGGUACUAACCUAUUAACAUGGGCUAUAUAUCUCAUUUUUGGGCAGCGAAGCACAGGUGAAAAGAAUUCCAUCUUAACUGAAAGGUGUUUUCAGAGUGAGGAAACGUAGGCUGAGCUGUUUCAGACUUGUCAGUUGCUCAGUGCCUUUGAAUCUGCUGGUGCUGGUUCCCACGAAACAGUUUCUCCUGGCAGAGCCAUUGUCUCCAGUGCAAGGGAAGAAAUGCAGGGCGCACUGUAGGUAUCCUGCAGCAACAGUAAUGUAUGAUUUGACCUAUAGAUAAAACCCAUUUUUACUCCCUUUUUUUAGUUUGAUGCAGUCUGUUUGCACUGUUCUUCAUUUAGACUCUGAUAACUCUGGGCUCUGAUAGAAGGGAGGUGAGCUGAGCCCACCAUCAGGAACCAGAACCCCUGACUUCUCACUGCAUCUCUGGCUGAUGCAGUGGUUCCUUACUAUCAUUAUUAACUCUUUGCAAGAGAUCCCACAUCUUGCUGGGCUUUUCCUAUCUGUACAGAAGCAGCCAAGCUGUUCAGUGUCUCUGUGCUUUGCAAAGUGUCAAGAACAGCACCCAAAGAAAUGCACAGAUUAUUUAGUAUUAUAAAUCACUUUACUGACAGAAAGCACAGUGAUAAGAACUCUUACUAUUAGUAACAGGCCUAACAAGUGUUACAUCUAUAUCAAAAGCAGUCCCACAGUCACUGGGGAGUCAUAGGAUCACACAGGUUGGAAAAGACCUUCAAGAUCAUCAAGUCCAGCCACCAACCUGACUUGCUGAGUGCCAUCACCACACCGUGUCCUUCAGUGCCAAUCAAGCCCUGUACUUUACUAAAAUGAUGAAAGGUUUCUAAAGUGAAUUUUGAGGGACUGGGAAAACUUACAUAAUAUAAAGCCACUGCUUUUCUAAGCAAUGCAUCUGUGUAAGUCAGAAAUGGGGAAAAGGACUUGCCAGCUGGACAAGGCAAGAAAAUAUUUGUUUCUUUCUGAACAGUCUGACAACAGGACUAGCUGUGCACUCCAGAAGAGGCAGAUGGAGGUGCCUGGUUUUACUUUGAAGGCAUACUCAUGCUGGUGGCUUCAGGAUGUGAGAUUCUCAUCUGGAAGGGGGAGGUUUAAGGCAGAACAAUAGCACUGUUUUUGACCUGUCGUAGUGAGGACUCUCUUGCUGAGAGAGAAGAAAAAAGACUGUCACCACUGUUCCUAAAUUCCCCCUGAUCCUCCCUCUUCACAUUGAACAAGCUUAAUUUUCAUUCUGCAGGCACCCAGCCUCACUUCCAAGCUUUGUACCCAAGCAGGUGCCAGAUUACAGCCAUUGUGGGAUGUGACAGAGAGCACAGUGGGAUCAGGCUGAUUAUAGUCAUAGGAAUUUGCAAGCUGUUAAAAACACUGGAGAACAUCCCCACUGCAGAAAGAAAAAGACUAAUUGAUGCACUUUAAUUGCUUCUGUUGUUGGAGUUAGAAGAGCAACAGUAAGCAAACCUUAUUAUUUGUUACCUUUUAACAUUUCUUUCUUUUUAAAUCUCACUGCAGUGCACAGUAAGACUAAGUACAUCUAGUUUCUGUGCACUAGAUGAAGCUGCCCAGGUGAAGCAUGGAGGCACCUUGUAUUUAUUAAAUUUA